AUGUGCAAGAAACAAUUUGAUCCGCUCGUCAUUAAGUUAAGUCAUUUUACUAGCCGAUGGAUACCAAGACAAAUAAAAGUGGAACCUUGCUGGUCUUAUGGUAAAUCGUUCCCAGAAAGUUUGCGUUUUUCUCUUUAUUUGCGUCUUACGAUUCCGUUCUUUCUUCUUUCUCGCAUUGACGACUUCUUUCCUGUUUUGUUGUCUUUAUUCUUAUAUGGCUCCUAUCUUUUUAAUUACAUUUUCUUUCUUUUCAAAUUUGUUUUAUCUUUCUUUCUUUCGUUGUCUUUGUUUCUUUAUUUGACUUUCUCUCUUUAUUUAUUUAUUCGUCUUUGUUUUUUUUUCUUUCUUUCUUUCUUUAUUUGUCUGUCUAUCUGUCUUUCUCUGUCUGUCUAUCUGUCUGCCUUUCUUUCUCUGUCUUUCUGUCUUUCUGCCUUUCUUUCUCCGUCUUUCUGUCUGUCUUUCUUUCUCUGUCUUUCUUUCUCUGUCUUUCUUUCUCUGUCUUUCUGCCUGUCUUUCUUUCUUUCUUUCUUUCUUUCUUUCUUUCUUUCUUAUAUCACUGAUUCCCUUCUUCUCUUUUAA